AUGUCGCUCCCCUCGACCCCGGUCCGCCCCGGUGGUGCGGCGGCGUCCACCUCGUCCCUCGUCUCGCCUCCGUCUCGCCGCCGACCUGCCCUCUCCCCGCUGUCGACCGUCCAGGGCUCGAGUCCGGCCCACUCGUACCGCUCGAACCGCCCGCCCGAGUCGAUCAGCGGCGUCUCGCUCGCCCCCUCGCGCUUCACCCUCUCCAACCCCUUCCCCCGCCCUCCAGCCAGCGGCUCCCCCUCGCUCGCCGGCUCAACCGCGACGGGCGCCCAUGCUGGCUCGACCAAGUUCCGCCGAGGCCAUGUCCGCAAGCGCCCCGGCCAGCACCAGCCGCCAGGGCCCUCGGUCGCCGCCCUGUCGUCGGCCAACCCGGACGAGGUCGACCUCAUGGCCCUCGAGGAGCCAGACGACAUCUUCCGCUCGUUCGGCGUCCGCGACGUGCGCAGGAUCGAGCAACGCGCGAGCGACGCCGCCGCCGCCAAAGUCGCAGACCUGCGCACCAUGGUCGGCGAGCGCUACCGCGACCUGCUGUCGGCCGCCGACUCGAUCGUGCGCAUGCGCGGCGCCGCCGACAAGCUCGUCGGCCACCUCGACUCGGUCGGGCACGCCGUGCGAGAAGCGGGAGCAGCGGUCGACGGUCCGUCCUCGACUCGCGGCAAGGCGCCGCAAGCCCCACGGCAUCGCAACAACUCGCCGAGCCGCCAGCGCACCCUCAACUCGUCGGCCACCCUCUCCCUCACGAUCCACCUCCUCCUCACCAUCCCCUCGCUCGUCCACACCCUCCUCGAGACGUCCGACUUUCUCGCCGCCGCCCGCCUCGAGGACCUCGGCCGCCUCGUGUACCGCGAGCUCGCCGAGCACGAGCUGCCGCCCGAGGACGGCGACGACGACGGCGAUGCGCCGAGACGGCUUGGCGAGGCGUUCCCGAUCGUCGAGAAGCAGUGGGAGACGCUGUCGACGCUGCGACCGGUCGUGCUGCGGCGGGCGAUGGGUCAGCUGCAGAGCUGGGACGGUCCUCACCUCAACACGGCUCGGACCCUCGCCGCCACCGUCAUGCUGCAGCAGGGCGCGUCCGUCUCGUCGGCCCUCUCGACCCUCCUCGAGGCGCGCUCUCGCGCCCUGAGCGCCAUCCUCAACGGGCCAUCGACCUCGGCCCAGGCGUACAACGAGACGAGCGCCGUCGCGCGCAGGCUCGAGCAGGUCCUCGGGCUUGUCCUGCGCACCGUCGAGGCCGUGUCGGCCAUCUUUGGCUCGUCGAGCGACGACGACUACGCGCCGGGCCUGCUGCGACAGCUCCUCGCCGAGGUCGAGCGCCCGAACUCCAUCGGCGACGCUCCCGAGCGAGCAGAUACCGUCGUCGACCCGUCCUUGCCGCCCGUCCUCGCGGCCUUCCCAAACUUCGCCACCCUCGAGCGCCACCUCCCGCCCUCGAUCCUCGCUUACUCGUCACCCCUGGCCGCCUCGGCGGCACGAGAGCCGCUCGACGCCGGCGGCGUUGCGCGCAAGGUCGACGCGUGGCUCGCGCACGAGUCGGACCGCGUCGUCGAGGGCGUCACGGCCUGGAUCUCGUCCCUCUCGUCGGCGUCGGCGUCGUCAUCGUCGUCCUCGGGCGCUGUCGCGAGCGCCAAGCCCCUCGCCGUGUUGCGUACCACGCUGCGCCGCGCGACGACGACGACCUCGACCUCGACCUCCUUCUCCCCUUCUUCCUCCAUCUCCUCGACCCGCGUCGCCACGACCCUCCGCACCCGCCUCUCACUCGUCAUCGAGUCACGCCUCGCGCACGUCUACCGCGCGCGCCUUUCGGCCCUCUCGGCGCGCGUCGUCCCCUCGCUCGAGGCGCUCCUCCUCGCCCUCCCGACGAGCGACCCGGACCGCGACGCCGCCGCGUUCCUGUUCGACACGCCGCUCGUGUUCCCCGGCGCGGGCGCCUACGCGACGCAGGCGGCCAUCGCCGGGCGAGCGGCGGCGGGCGCGGCGCCCGACAAGGACAAGGUCGUCGUCGUCGACCCGCUCGAGGCGUUCCUCGCCAAGGUGGCCAAGCGCGUCGAGGGCCGCGCGCCGCUCGUCGACAAGGGGCUCGUCGAGCUCGAGGACGCGGCGAGGGAGCUCAGGGCCGACUUGGAGGGCUGGCUCGGUGCGGGUGCGGGCGAGAGGGACAGCGAGGGCGACGAGGCGGCCGAGCUGCGCGCGCUGCUUUGGAAGGACUAUGUCGCGGCGGCGGGCGAGGCGCUGGACGCGCUGGCGGAUGCGCUCGAGGUGGUCGUGCGGGAUGUCGCUCAAGACGUCGACGGCGCGCUCUUCGUCGGCAACUUUGUCUUCCUCGUGUCGUCGAGCCGCACCUUUGUGCGCGACCUGCUCCUCGGUGCCGCCACGUCUGCAGAAGCGCCGCUCCUCGCCAAGUGGACGUCUCGGCUCGAGGCGCUCCAAGACCGCUCGCUCGAGGUGUGGCGCGAGCAGGCCGUCGCGACGGCCGUGCGCAAGUUGCAGGAGUCGAUGAGCACCGUCGCGGCGGCCGCCCCGUCGGCAAUUCUCUGGGCGUGGGACGCCUCGCGAGGCGACACCCCUUCCUCCGCGCUCGUUCCCUCUUCGCCCUCGUCCGCCCUCCUCUCCUCCCUGCGCUCCCUCUCGACCUCGCUCGCCCGCGUCGGCCUCCACCGCACCCAGGCCUCGCCCACCAUCGCCUCGUCGCUGCUCGCCGCCUUUGACGACCAGGUCCUCGCCGCCGCCGCCGCGUUCGCCGACCAGCUCGCGCAGGGCGACCUGCAGGCGGACCGCAAGGCCGAGGUCGCGAGCCAGGCGGCGUGGGACUUGGCGCUCUUGCGCAGGCUUGCGCUCGCCGCCGAGGGCCCGGGCGAGGACGCGUGGCGCGAGGUCGAGAGCGCGUUCCUGCGACUCGUGUCGCCCUCGUCGACCUCGCUCCCCUCGCAGCUCGCAUCGUCGGCCCUCGCCUACCUGCAGCGCACCCAGUCGAUCCUCGCCCCGCUCCUCCCCGUCUCGUCCACCGCCCUCGCCACCGCCACCGACACCUCGACGACGACGACGGCGGCGGUCAAGCACAAGCCGCUGUCGUCGACGGCGCGCCUGCUACCGCUCGGCGCGCCCGUCGCGAGCGCCGACGUCAAGGCGACGGGCGUCGGGCUCGUCAAGCCGGGCCCGAGGCUGGGGUUGCUGCCGACGAGGGGCUAGUUAUAGAAGGUGGGAGUGUGUACUGGUGGGGUGGAACGAGCAGCUGUCUGUGCGUCUGCGG